AUGGGAGAUUUUAAUCAAGUCGAAUAUCUCAAUCAAAAACUAGGGGGUUCCGAUCAUAUCCCAGGUAAGGAGCAAUUCUCCACAUGGAAGAGUAAUUUGGGUUUAACUGAGCUGAACUACCAUGGACAACAUCACACAUGGUGCAACAAUAGAUCAGGAAUUGAUAGAAUAUAUGAAAGAUUGGAUAGAGUAUAUGCUACGGAGGACUGGAUACAUCAGAAACCAGAAGCCACAGUCUUAAACCUUCCUAUUCUAAUUUCUGACCAUAGCCCAAUUGUACUUCUUACAUCACCGUUAAAACCCAAGAUCAGAACGCCUAUCAAAAUGGAAGCAUGGUGCUUAGACUUCAAGGAAAUCUCGAAUAUAGUAUCAGAUCAGUGGCAAAUCCCUGCUAAUGGAUCCCCGAUGUAUAGCCUAGCUCAGAAUCGCCAAAUUAGGUACCAAUUGUUCAAAUGGUGCAAGGAGUAUAAGAAGUGUCAUAAUAUCAGCUGGGAAGAAUGCCUUGACAAAUGUAGUGAAUUACAAACUAGCCUUCCUUUUGCUGAUGGAGGAUUUGUUGAUGAACAAGCAAAGAUAGUAGCAAGAGGAAAGGUAGAGCUUCAACUGCAAUAUUGGCAGCAAAGAGCAAAAGGUAAAUGGAGAGCGUGGGAAGAUACUAAUUCCAAAUGGUUCUUCAGAAAAGCAAAACGUAGGAAGCGGCGAAAUGAAAUUCUGAUGCUCAAAACCACAUAA